ACACGCUUUUGAUACUUAUCCCCAUUUCCAACAAGGUCAUCUCACGCACUUGUACAUCACGUAAAUUAAGUUAUUUUUCAAACCAGAUACUACGAAACUCACUGGAUUGAAAUAAUACGCCGUGUGGACCGUCUUCAUGCUGAUGCAAUGAGCUACCGAACUUCGACACCACCCAUUCGCACUGCUUCCAGUGAAAAUGCUUCGCCUUUGCAGGCAAGCAAAGAGAAUAUAAAGUUGAACUCAACUCCAAAACAUCGCAAGCCUUUAGGAUAUAAGAAUGAAAACACCACUCCUGUGUCCACUACUCCAUCGAACAACAAACUUGACCCGCGCAUUGGCCAUCGAGUUGAAAAAGAACCUAUUAAGUUUACCGCGAUACGCCCGCCUGAACCAUUGCAUCUGAAGGCACGAACAAAGAAGCAACAGCAGCACCGUCAAGGUUUACGCGACCAUAAAACGCCAUUGAAGAACCAAAAAAAUACCCGUGCUCCACUACAAGAUGAAAAUGCUGCACCGUCGGCAUCCAAAUCAACUACAAAAACAUUGCACAGUAGCAAACAUCACAAAUCACAGCCAUCUGUCAAAGUACCUUCUCCUGAUGGCUCAUUUUCAAUUUGGGUUGAUGAAAGCAAGCAUACUACCGAAAAAGGAGCGCGUGUAAAAAAGGAAGAUCUUAGAACCGUCAAGCAAAAAGAAAAAGCCAAAGCAGCCGGGGUCGAUCAAGAAAAUGUGUUGCCUAGUAAGCAAGCUAGCCCCCCAGCAAUACCGUUGUCAUCAAGUACUCAGACGCAACGCGUACAAAUUGAUCAUACAGAAAGGACAAACAAGAAAAAAUGGACGCGAAAACCUCUUACUGAGAUCGAUGUCCAUGAUCUUCCUGAGUACCGAGAAAUCCUGCGCGAUGGUUCACCUACCCCUGCCUCACAUAAUGUCAGCAGCAGCAGUCUUCAUAGUUUAAGCUGGUCUGAUGGUGAGGCUGUACUUUCACAAGCGUUGGAACAAGCUGAAGCAACUGCACAAUCCAUACUGUCAGAAAUCAAAGGCAAAAAGGAUGAACCGAUCGACGAGGAAGUUGAAAAAUCAGAGAAGAAAAUGAUGACCCCUAGUAAGAAGAUUAUUCCGGUGCCAGCAGAAGAUGUUUUUGCCGUCGCGACCAAAAAGUCGACAGAGAAGGUGACCAUCACCACCACUACCACAACCACCAUCACCACUACAACCGAACGAAAAGCUAAACAGAAACGUAGAUCUGAUGAAACUGGUUCAUCCGAGGCCAUAGCCAAUAAUGAAGAAGAUUCUAUCAAAAAGCGGCUGCGGCCGCGAAGGCGCUAACAUACUGGUAUUAUAUUAAAACACGUACAUGUUGGGCAACCAUUCUUUGCAAUUUUUUUUUUCUUUUGGCUCGUUAUUUUUAUGUUAACCUUUAAGCUUUAGUCUACUCUUGUUUUGACCUAUGUUCAGUUAUAUAGGUUUUAUUGUUUUGCCGUUGUUCAUUUGAUUCAUAUCUUUGCUUUUGUUUCUAUACAUUUCAUAACCGAUUAAAAACGAAAUACCAAAAAAAAAAAAAAAAAAA